ACUUGUGACUUGGCGUUGCAAGCACUACCGCUUAAUGUCGCUUAGCAACACUAAUCGAUAAGAACGAAAGUAGACGUCAAGAGAAAGCAAUUUACGCUAAUUUUUCGCAUCAAUCUAAACACGCAACACAACAAUCCUAUUGCCUUCUGUUAGUCUAAUUCAUCAGUUCUUAGUUUCGCCCAAGCACAGCAACUAAAAGCGAUCGUCAACCAAAAACAUCUUAGCUUAAGUGCUCUGUUGUUUUUUUCCGUUCACGCACUUUGCUGUGGCAGCGCCAUUGACUGCGCAGCGACUGCGACACAACACAUUUACAACAAAAACGAAAAACAAUAAGGAAGCUUCUCAGCGAAGGUUGUUCCUCAAACAAGAAGCGACGCACGGAAAAAAAAAAACCAAAGCGUCGCCGUGGAACUACAAUAAACGCGGCGAAAAUAGUGAACACACAUUUUCGGUGGCUCCUGAUCCAAGAGCGAGUCAAGGCAAUUUUCACAACGUUACGGUUUCAUUUCCGGCCUGCACAGAAACAACAAUCAAUUCCAAAACGCAAAAUCGUUAGCCAAAAUGUCGUCGUCGGCUACGUCUGGAGCGCGAAAGCAGCCCACAGCUGUUUCGCGAAUGAAACAAGACUACAUGCGACUGAAGCGCGACCCCUUGCCUUAUAUCACAGCCGAACCGCUGCCGAAUAACAUACUGGAGUGGCACUACUGUGUAAAGGGCCCGGAGGAUUCACCAUAUUAUGGAGGCUACUAUCACGGCACACUACUAUUCCCGCGCGAGUUUCCAUUCAAACCGCCAUCGAUAUAUAUGCUCACGCCAAAUGGUCGCUUCAAGACGAACACCAGGCUGUGCCUAAGCAUUUCAGAUUUUCAUCCAGACACUUGGAAUCCCACUUGGUGUGUUGGUACUAUACUCACAGGCUUGUUGAGUUUUAUGUUGGAGAGCACACCUACAUUAGGUUCAAUUGAGUCUUCGAAUUACGAUAAACAAAUGUUUGCGCAGAAAUCGUUGGCAUUUAACCUGCGCAAUCAAAACUUUUGUGAGCUCUUUCCCGACAUCGUGGACGAAAUAAAGAUACGGUUACACGGCACUCAGGGUGACCCCUCAAAGUCCACAUCGUCCGCGGGCGCCGCAACACGCAUGGGUAAUGGCGCCCUCGAAAAUAACAAUAUACAUGCCAGCCCCAAUGGUCAUCUCAUUGCAGCGGACAUAGGAACAUUAGCGGGUGCUGCUCCAGCAGAUUUGGCCAAUGGUGGCCCAGCGCUGCAGAACAGUGCACGUAAUUCCUAUCUAAAUUGGCAGUCGGUCUAUUCGAACCUGGAAUAGGAUUAACUAGUAAGCAAUCAGCACUUGUAGCAUCUAUGUAUGUUUAUGUACGCUUGUAUGUAUAUGGCAUUAUACAUUCGCGUACGUAUAUUUAAUCUAGUUUACUUAAUUUAGUUUAUUUUUGCUCUGCUCGCAGACGGUCUGCCAAGUCUUUCAUAAAUUUCAAUAUACAUACACAAUGAAUGAAAAGAAGUUUUGUAGUGUUUAUCGCUGCUUCAACACCACUUUCCCGGCCCGUCUGCAGUCAAAAUUCAAAUAAAAUUGGCGAAGAAAUGCGUUGAAGCUGAGCUACAAAUGAAAAUAUAAUCAAAUUGUUUUGUUAUGUAUGCAUUAAUAUUUAAAAUUAGUAGUAAAAUACGCUAAAACAAAAAAACACUAAAACUGAAAUCCAAGAAACUCUGAUAUGUUUGUAAAUGAAUAAAGAGCGACUUAUGUAUGUA